UCCCCUUUUCGACCCAAGCUUUGUGCCUUUUUCUCUGGAAAUUCUCUGUUGUAAUGGUUCCGUAUGCGGAUGCUAUAAAAACGGCUGUGAUUGCGCCCAUCACAGCAAUGCAUCACCCGAGGAGGAACCAACAACAUCAGCAAUAUUCUUCAUCAUUCUCCGGUGCCACAUUUUGAACUUAAAUUCUUUCGUGCAUCAUCAGUUAUUUGAACCUCUUAAUCAAAUUGCAUUAUGGCAAUCCCUUUUGCCAACGGGAUGCACAACCGCAAGUUUGCCGAGACGGACGAGAACGCCAACUCGGUCUUCGAGGCAAGACACAAGCUUGCCAACGGAGCCAGCCCACCACGGUUCUGCUCCUUGGAGACCCCCGCAGCCACCCACGCCGGGGCUCCCCAUGCUAACCCCAGUCUCGAGAACAGUGUCGACGCUCCUGCUCCGGCAUCGCGGGGCCGUGCGUGGGCGGUAUUGGGAACCCCCUGGCUGCAAAUCUCCACCUGCAUCAUUGCCGGAGUCAUCUUCGGGCUGUCAAUGGAGAAGGGACGGGUGUUCGAACCGCUCCACAUCCGUAACCAGAUGGACUUCAGCUCCAUGGUGAUGCUCAAGAUGUUCCUGGCCUCUGUGGCCGCGGUCCUCGUCUCAAUGUCGGCCCUCUCCGUCUUGCCGGCCACCAGCCAGCGGUUCGCGCUGGCCCGGGACAACUUCAUCUGCCGCCUCAGCGCCAAGGGCGUGACCGCUUCGAUUGUUGGGGGAACCUUGCUCGGCAUUGGGAUGACAUUGGGAGGCGCAUGUCCCGGAGCUGUGCUUGUCCAGAUAGGCGCAGGAGUCUCCAAUGCAGGCUACACGUUCUUGGGUUGCAUCCUGGGAGCCAUACUGUAUGGAUUGACUGAACAAACAGUUGCUCAUUGGACACGGCCUAAGAACGCAGCGCAGAAAAUCCGAAUUGACGAGAUUGUGGGCAUACCCUUCUGGAAAGUGGCUCUCCCAUUGGGCGUUGCUAUGGCUGCAUCUGUAUACCUCCUGGAGGUGGUGGUGCCUUGGACAUCCGACCUGACCAUACUGAAUGAGAGUGAAGCCUCGCUGAUGGAGCUGAGGAGCUGGCUGCCUUCAGUCUCUGGGGCUCUGAUUGGCUGCCUCCAGAUCCCGAUAGUUCUGGCCAUGGGACAGACCAUGGGGGGCAGUGGGAGCUACUGCACAAUGGCCGCUCAGCUGAUUCCGUCAGCGACCCUGCGCAACAUCUCCCCUUACCUCCUGAGGACCAAGUUUGGCCUGAACAACUGGUGGUCGAUUGUGUACGGAUGCGCGGCCAUAGCCGGUGCCGUCUUUUCGGCCAGCAUGUCGGGGACUCUGGGCAGCACAGAGGGAGUGGCCGCAAUGCACGCUUUCCUGGGAGGCAUCAUCAUGGUGUACGGCUCCCGCCUGGCCGGCGGAUGCACCAGUGGUCACGGCAUGUCAGGCAUGGGAACCCUCUGUCUUUUCUCCUUUGUGGCCGUUCCCGCCAUGUUUGUGGGAGGAAUUGGGAUGCUGGCUGUCAUGAAGCUGAACGGACUUGUGAACUGAAGAGAGUCCAGUAACACAAGGCAGAAUUCUAAUCAGGCUAGUUUGAUAUGGGUUUUUAAAAAGUUGAUAACAGAGAGAGGAGGUGAUGUGAUAUAAUUUGAAAUACAUUUGUAAGUAGGAUUAAAGUUAACAUUUGAAAGAAAUUAUGGACUACACUGUUGAAAAAAAAAGCAGGCAAAAUGUGGCAAAGCUCUCAUUGGGUUGUGGUUUUGAACAUUUAUAUUGCGUGACACUGCAUAGUAAAUAUGACAUUCAGAGAAAUUAAAAACCUCAGACAUGACAUGAUAUCAGUGCUGAAUAUUCCUUGUGAUGACAUGUUGACAUAUUUCAAAACAUGCCUGUAAAAACAGGUAGACAGGUGCUGUUGCGAUCUAUGUGCGCAUUCAUAUUGCUAUUCUCAUUGGAAGAGAUUGUACGGUGUAUCCUAUAAAAACAGGAUUACUGUGGAGCAUUUUACAAAUGCUACUUUUUUCACAGAAAAUUCACCUUUUUAACUCAGGCACUUUGAGACAGAUUUUUGAGUAGCAGAUUUGACGUUUGUUGUAAAGUAUUUCCACUUUUGCUGUGAUGACCAGUUACUGCCCUUGCUUGGAUUUUUUCCUCCAGUGUUUGUUGCUGUGAUAUACAUACGAGGCGGACCAAUUUUUCGAAUGAAUUUAUACAUAUAUUUUUCUUAAAUGCUUGUUAACAUUUUUACCUAACCAGCUGGCUGGAUAUUCAAGAGGAGAAACGCAAGGAGAAAUAAAUGAAACGAAAAAAAAAAAAAAAAAGAAAUGGAAAUGAAGCGUAUUAUAUUUUUGAAUUGUUUGUUUUGGAAAAUCUGUUGUAUGAAAUUUUGCAUAUCUGUAUUACAAUACAAACCAUACGUGCAUGUAAUGAAAUAUAGUCAUAGCUUCACCAUUCGGUCAUAAUGGUUAUCAUAAAGGAUGGUUUUGAAACAUAUUUGAGAUUGGUGUCGUGAUUUUGAAGAGGAUAAUAUUAUGCAGUUUGGUAACUGCAAUGCUUGGUAAUGGACACAUUUGUGUGCAGCCGUUAUCAUGUAAUGUGCUAACGGAUUCAUUCAUGUGAUUGUUUUCUAAACAUUUGAAUUCUAAGAAUGCGAUUCUUAAAAAAGGUUGUUUUUUAUAUUUAUACAGAAUAUAAUCUCAUAGGUUUUUUAAUGCUGCAGAUAGAAAUGUUUGAAUGAGGAACUGUACUAUUUUGGUAAUUUGUAAUAACUGUUUACAAUUUUUAUCGAGCCUGGCAUUUCUGAGAGACCAAGAGAGGGUCAGUAUUUUUGGCAUUUGAGUCUUGGAGACUCCUUGAUACCAUUUAUCAGCCAUUCUCUAUAUCUCUAGUGCAAGUUUACUUUGAGGAAAGGAAAAGCAGCUAUGCUUUGAGGGUGAAAUCCCAGGCUUGAUGUAUAUAGCUUUAGCAGUAAUGAUUUAUUGGUUUGAUUAAAUCCAAUUAUGUUUUUACUCUUAUAUUUGAAGAACUUAAGAAUUCAAGUACUAACAUCUACCUUACACAGUGUGCAGUUUAACACAAAUCUGUAUAUUUGGAUAUAAUCAGUACUUAAAUUAAUAAUUUUAUUAAUGCAAUUGUUCAAGUAUACUCUCUGGACGAACUUUAAAAAAAUGAACCCUUCUUUUACUUAAUAUCUGUAAGCAUCACGUAGUUUAUUAAUGAUUCAUAAACAAAGUCCCUGAAUUUGGUGCACUACAACAUUUUCCACAAUCUCAAAUAUUCUCCAAAACUCGAGUCAUUGAGUCGACUUGAGUCCAACUCGAGUUGCAGUUCUCGAAGAGUUGGUUUGACCGGCGACUCUACAUUAGUCAACUGCCUUGAAGUGAACCGAGUUACAAAAUUAAGUGACUUGUUCCAACUCUGCCACAAGAUGUCAGACUGGCUUGCAAUCAUGUGUGGUAUAUGUAACUAUGUUCUGCAUGGCAUCAUAUGUGCCUCAGUAUGUUUAAUAGCCAACAGACACGUUGCUACAUGAAAGACGACACUCUCUCUUGUUCGGUCGUAGCCCAUAUACCACGGGCAUAAUAAUGAGUAAUUUUGUUAUUGGAAAGUGCAUUGCUAGUUCAUACAAUAUCCUGCAUUAGUUAUGCUGUUCUUGGAAUUUGGGAUUACAUGUACUUAAGUCCCUUCUUUCAGAGGGGUAGUUAAGCACAACCUAACCAUUAUUACGAAAAAUUAAUGAACCCUGAGCAUCAUAUCUGGCAGACAUUUGAUGAAUUCAUGCAUGCUGCUAUCAUGAUGUGUUGUUACGGUUGGGUGAACAAGUUGGUAGUACAUAUAUUUGCUAUAGACAAGGCAAGCAAGUAGAAGUCUCAUCCUGUAUUAAAGACUGAUACCCAAAUACAA